CAACGUCAUCCGCAAGCGCUGAGCGUGUUCAGGCAAGCGGGCCGAGAGAGGGAAAGAUGCAGAAGUAGCGCAGGCACACACGAGAGCUCGUCUGCAACUAACUGCCAGGGGUUAUCGACAAUCCGAAGCGUGGAUUGAGUGUAGGCACACUCAGCGUGAAGAAGCCCACCAUUCGACGGCUGUACAUUGUCGACGCGCCUGAUUUGUUCAUCACAUCACAACCAGCUCAAGCAGCCGACGCACCCCACUGUCUAUUGCCCACAGGAUGGGACGUGCACUGUCUGGCACCACUGCCGUGGCGGUUGCCGUGGCUGCUUGGGCCAACCACGUGCCUAGUGCCGACGCAUUUUCGCCAGCGAUGAUUGCUUCGACAGCGUCAGCGUUCGGCUGUCCUUCCUCCGCUACCAUCUCAAGGCGCCAGGCUCGAUCCCGCCGCCCCUCCCCCUCCAUGAAGGUAGCAGGAGCUCAGCCGCAGCAGCAGGACGCCUGGCUGGCGGGGGGUGUCAAAACGCGCGAGCUGUUCAACGCUCUCUCGCAGGGGGAGAUCGGCAAGCGGGCGUUCACGCAGGCUCUGGCGAAGCGCAUGAUGGCCAAGGCAACCGGAAUGCAGCGGGACUACGAGCUGUCCGAGGCAGCGGGGCAGGCGGCUGCGAGCUCUGCCGUUGUGAACAGCAGCGGCGACCUGAGCAACAUGGAGUCCUCUUGGAACAAGCGAGGCUACGGGUCCGCCAUCAGCCGGUCGGUGGAGGUCUGGGUCUUCGGAGCAAAGAUCCUCUUCAAGGAGAUCAAGCUUCGCAAGGUGGAGGAUGCGGCCGAGAAGAGCCAGAAGAGGGCUGCCAUCGCGGUGCAGCUCAAGGACGGGCUAUUGAGGCUGGGACCCACCUUCAUCAAGCUCGGCCAGCUCCUAUCUACGAGGAUCGACGUGGUCCCCAAAGAGUACAUCAAGGAGCUGGUGAUGCUUCAGGACAACGUCCCCGGGUUUCCAUUUGAGUCGGCCAAGAGAAUAAUCGAGGAGGAUCUGGGACAACCGCUGGAGGAGUUGUACGAGACUGUCAGCGAGGUUCCUCUCGCUGCUGCAUCUCUCGGCCAGGUGCACUUGGCCAAGAUCAAGGGGGGGGAGCAGGUGGCGGUGAAGGUGCAGCGAGCAGGGCUAAAGGAUCUCUUUGACCAAGAUCUCAAGAACCUGAAGCUGCUGGUGAAGGUCUUGGACAAGCUGGAUCCCAAGUUCGACGGAGCGGACAGAGACUGGGUGUCGAUCUACGAAGAGAGCGCCAAACUGCUGUACAAGGAGAUCGACUACAUCAACGAGGCGGAAAACGCCGUUCGCUUCAAAGAAAACUUCCAGGACACUCCCUGGGUCAAGGUGCCGGACGUGUACUGGAACAUGACGUCAGAGCGCGUGGUGACGAUGGAGUUCGUGCCGGGCGUGAAGAUUAACAACCUCGAAGAGAUCGACCGGAGGGGCAUCGACCGCAAGCUGCUGGCGAAACGCUCGGCGGAGGCGUAUCUGACGCAGCUGUGCCGUCACGGAUUCUUCCACUGCGACCCCCAUCCAGGAAACGUCGCUUGCGACGAGCAGGACGGGGGCCGUCUGAUCUUCUACGACUUCGGGAUGAUGGAUGAGUUCAAGCCCAACGUGAGGUCGGGCCUGGUCAACCUCAUCUUCUCCACUUACGAGAACGACCCGCGAGCCGUCUGCGAUGCCUUGGUGGAAAUGGGAAUACUCAAGGCCGGGUCGGACAGAAUAAGCGUGGAGAAGAUCGCGAGGUCGUUCCUAGGGGAGUUCACAAACACUCUAAACCAGGGGCAGGACGGAAAGUGGACUUCGGAGCUCACCAAGGAGGACAAGACGAGGUUGCGCAAGGAGCGUCGGGCCAAACUUGGCGAAGAUCUUCUGUCCGUGUCGGGAGACGUGCCGUUCAAGUUCCCGCCGACCUUCACCUUCGUCUUCCGAGCAUUCACCUCCCUGGACGGAAUCGGCAAGGGUUUGGAUACAAAGUACGAUCUGACCCGACUAGCCCAGCCGUACCUGAAGGAGCUCUUGGACGUGAGGGAUGGGUCGUUUGCGUUGUCGUUCGCAAAGACGUUCGUCAAGAAGGUCGGAUGGCGACCCGAGGACCUUGAAGCCGUGGUCAAAAGCCCGCGGAACGUCGCGUACGUGGAGAACAUUACACGAAAACUCGAGCAGGGGGAUCUCAAGCUCCGGGUACGAGUGUUGGAGUCAGAACGAGCGUUCGAGCGCUUGGAGCUGACGCAAACCAGCAUGUACGAUGCUAUCGCCUUCUCCACGUUCCUGAACGCCGCCCUCAUCUUGAGCGCGACCGGAUCUGCGGGGUCCCCGCUGUUGCCCGUGAGGGUUGCUUGGACGCUGGCAGGCGUUUUCGGCCUACGGAUACCCGUCGGGUUGUUCAAGAUCCGGAAACAAGACCAGAAAUACUCGACCUACGGGCUUAAGUGAAGCCAACGUUGACAGAAGACGUCUCUGUCGUCCCUAAGCCAGCAAGCGACAGCCACGAAUGGCUCUCUUACGCCUAUUCGUCCUGGAAGCCUUGGCAGCAACAACUUCGCCGCUGUUGCGGGGAGGCUUUUAAUUGCCAAAAGGCGACGAUGCACCGGCCGAUGGUGUUAUUCUCCAUGGUGGUCGGUGCCAUUGACGCGCCGUCAAUUAAACCGACUUGGGACAUGCCUGGGCACCAAGCUGCCGGCCUACAUUGGAUGAUUUCGUACAUUCAGUUGGAGCGGAACAACAGACGCUGGGAUAUUGCCCGCACGAGCGAGUUCUGUCUCGUAAGAACCGAGAGCAGUUGCAGGAGGGUUUCUCAUCAGGUGGCCGUGCCAAGCGCGUCUCGCUCCAGGUUUUCCGGUCUGUCUCGGGGACAUGCCGGUGUGAGUGUGCCAUGUAGUUGCGUCUGUUGGGCGUGGUGCCCAAAUUAUGGCUGGGUCGCUCUCCUUUCGAGGCGCUGGCUGGCGAGGGCAAACGUUGCCGAGAGUCCGUUUUCUGUCGAGAAAAGCCUCAGCUCGACGUGGAGGAUGGUAUCCAUGACGCCCCUGCUGUGGACUCUGACAUCGUAGCACAUUGCCGUGGUCUGGAGGUUGAGCGGGAUUUCAUCCUUGCCGGUAUCAGCGCGCUGUCGUGUGAAGUCGCUCCUCUCUUCCUUUGGGGAUGUUGAUUCGCCCGGUGCAUUCGUGCAUGCGUUUUUUUCAUUUCUGUCGGAAGGGGGCUGACUUGUUCUUGCUACCGCAGUGUUAACGCGCGGCUAGUUACCGUACUUGGCAUGCGCUUUCUUGUCCAUUCAUUUAUAUAGGCGCCAAAUGGCGGUCGGUGUCGAAUAUUGGGUGACUGCUGUAUGGCUUGAGUGCUAUUAUUUUCUUCGAUUUACUAUAGAAGAAAGAAUUGGCAAGGCGUAUGCGCGUUUGAUACAUACGCUCGUCAUGUUUGCCGCGCACCCCAGCAUGAAGUCCGAACCCGAGAGUUAGCUCAACAGUUUUUUUUCCUAGGCAACGCCAGUGAGUGGAUGCACAUCGUGUGGUGCCAGAGGACAGACUAUAGAUAUGACAGGAUUCUAGACAUGAUUAGAAGCAGAUUACCCGCCGUGUUUUGGGGUGCGACUGCCGUGAAAUGAUCCGACAGGAAUAUAAAGACAACAACACUGGUACCGUCGUUCGUGGAUCAACAUCAGCGACAACCAUCAAUGAUGACAGAAAUAAUCUUUUAACGGGUGAUGGACGGAGACGCAGCGAGCUUGCUACAGAUAUACAGGUUGCAUAACAUAUCUGCAGGACGUGUAGCCUACUAGAGUAAGUGUGGGUAGUAAGGACCACCCCCCUAUUAGGGACCACUUUUUUCAAAAA